UGCAACUUAACCGGGAACGCUAAUAAAUCGUGUAAAAAAUGUCACCAGCCGAGCUAAAUUCUGAUUGGUCUUUCAAUUAGGCAAGCCGUUUAAAUUUGGGGCAACUUCUACCAGAGACCUCAGUGAACUCGCGUAUAAGCGCAAUUGCACAGACUUUUGUGUGUAUCACCAUGCGAAAAACGAUUAGAGAUGUGAUGUCGUGUAAACAUCCUAUAUUGUAUUUUACGGUGAUUGCAACGAUUAGCUCUGUGUUAACCCCUUGCUAUGGCCAGAUUCCAGACGCAAGCAUUUCAAUGCCAAAUGCCAAAAUUCAUCCGACGAUUGUCCGAUCCGGGAGGCUUGUUGUUGGGAAUAAGUUGGUCCAACUGAGAAGGGUGGGUUUCGAAGUAACCAAUGAUGAAUCAGCCGCUUCUGACCGCAUCAAGACUCAAAACGGAUCUCUUGCAUUUGAGGCUGGUAAUCGGGCUGGACAGCCUGCAUCACAAGAAUGGCACAAGUUGGAUGCUAAACUCCAGCACAUGGGGCCAUCAGUACAGUGUAGCAAUGAAACAAUGACUCUUCGGGUCAAAGGGGGAAGAGCUCCACAUUUUCUGGUCGACGGCGGUGAUGGGUCUCCUGUUCUUCCCCUGUCCCGAAUGCCAACUCACUGUGGCUUCUCUGUGAAGCGGUCACGCAGGGAUGUGUUCUUUGUCGCACCAUACCAAGGCUGCCAUGUCACUCAAGAGGGGGGUAACUAUGUUCUGCCACUCCGUCUGUGGGGGGCUCCCAUGACCAUGUCUUGUCCUGUUGCACCACCCCCCCCUCCCUCUGUCUCCUGCUAUUUAUCUGGCAUGGUGGUGAAGCUUUCCAUGGCAGCGAAUGCUCUUCAAGUCAAAGUGUCUGGUGUGUGGGAGCCACUUCUCGCAAUCACCCAGCAAUGUGGCUUAACUAUUGAGCCAUUCUUUGGAGGGGUGGUGAUCACUGCACCAUACACAGGACCCUGUGUGGCAUUGGAGGCCUCCCUCAAACUGAACCUGUUACGUCUGGAUACCCUCUGUUCCACCAGUGGUCCCAGUACCAUUUCCCUCCGUAUCCCCCCCAACCACCCUCGUCCCCAACAGCAGCCACUACCAUGUCUAAACAAACACAUUCCCCUAAACCUUCUAGCCAGGCCAUGCAUAUGCCACGUAAAGGAGACCCCCAGGUCCCACAAAUCCUCUACAACCACACCUAAACAAACAAAUCAGGCCCUGCAUAUGCCACCUAAAGGAUACCCUCAGGUCCCACUGAGUUACCAGUUCCCCCAAUACAAUUUCCCAGGGUUUUUCCCUCAACGCUCUGUCCCAAGAGCACCCCCCGGGAUAGCCAGCCAACUGGAUAACCAGAAUAACCCCCAGAAAUAUCAUUACUCAGAUUCCUCCUACCGUCAAAAGUCAGCCACUCCUUCAGUAACUGCUAGCACUAUCCCUGGCACCACACCCCAGGCCCAACCCAAGCAGCCCUUCAUGCAAUAUGACCAGUACCCGAUGGUUCGCAGCUGGAAUCCGUAUGCUUCUGCUCUGUUCCCACCCCAUUAUGGAACGGCGCCGUAUCAUUCUCAAGGGCCUAGGGAGUAA